UCGCGUGGCGGAGCCGCGGCAUCUGCAGCAGACGGACGGAACGGACGGACGGAGCCGGUGCCCAGCGCCAUGGCGGAGAACAAGAAGAUAACGGCCCCCCUUCUCUCUGCCGUAUCUGUUGCAGCGGUCGGAUCCCUCCAGUUUGGGUACAAUACCGGAGUCAUCAAUGCUCCUGAGGAGAUUAUCAAGAAGUUUUUCAAUGAGACGUGGAUAUACCGGACGGGCGACAACAUCUCGGACACUCUGCUGACCUGGCUGUGGUCCCUUUCGGUUGCCAUCUUCUCAGUCGGAGGGAUGAUUGGCUCUUUCUCAGUUGGAUUUUUUGUCAACCGAUUUGGCAGGCGAAAUUCCAUGCUGAUGGUGAACGUUCUGGCCAUUGCAGGUGGCAUCUUGAUGGGCUUCUCCAAGAUGGCCAGGGCAGUGGAGAUGCUAAUCAUUGGGCGCUUCAUCAUUGGGGUCUUUUGUGGCCUCUGUACUGGCUUUGUGCCCAUGUAUAUCAGCGAAGUCUCCCCUACUGCCUUGCGUGGGGCUUUUGGCACCCUGAACCAGCUGGGCAUCGUGGUGGGCAUCCUGGUGGCCCAGGUCUUUGGUCUAGACGUCAUCAUGGGGACGAAGACCCUCUGGCCGCUCUUGCUGGGGUUCACCAUCAUCCCAGCCCUCCUGCAGUGUGCGGCCCUCCCCUUUUGCCCUGAGAGCCCCCGUUUCCUGCUGAUCAACAAGAUGGAGGAAGAGAAGGCCGUCGCAGUGCUCCGGAACCUCCGUGGGGUCCAGGACGUCUCCAGCGACAUCCAGGAGAUGAAAGAGGAGAGUGCCAAGAUGUCCCAGGAGAAGAAGGUGACCAUCCUGGAGCUCUUCCGCUCCCCCGGCUACCGCCAGGCCAUCUUCAUCGCCAUCGUCCUGCAGCUCUCGCAGCAGCUCUCGGGCAUUAAUGCGAUAUUUUACUAUUCCACUAAGAUUUUCAAAGAUGCUGGAGUGGCACAACCGGUGUAUGCCACCAUUGGGGCCGGCGUGGUCAAUACCAUCUUUACUGUGGUGUCGCUCUUCCUUGUGGAGCGGGCAGGACGUCGGACCCUCCACUUAGUUGGCUUAGGUGGCAUGGCAGCCUGCGCAACCCUCAUGACCAUUACCCUGGCACUAAAGAACAUGGCGUUUUGGAUCAGCUACAUCAAUAUUACCGGUACUUUUGCCUUUGUGGCUUUCUUUGAAAUUGGACCUGGUCCAAUCCCAUGGUUCAUUGUGUCAGAACUCUUCAGCCAGGGUCCUCGUCCUGCAGCGGUGGCUGUAGCUGGUUUCUCCAACUGGGCAUCCAACUUCUUGGUGGGCAUGCUGUUUCCCCAUCUAGAGCGCAAAUUAGGGUCUUAUGUUUUCCUGAUCUUUGUUGCCUUCCUCGUCAUCUUCUUCUUCUUCACCUUCUUCAAAGUCCCUGAGACAAAAGGCAGGACUUUUGAGGACAUCUCCAGUGGCUUUGAGAGGCAAACAGUGAACGGUGUUGCUCCAUCAACUGGCGAAAAGAGCUCAAUGGUGGAAUUAACUAGCAUUCAGCCUAUGAAAGAUGCUAAUGUUUAAUACCCCAAUCCUUGCUUGUCUCUGAAAGGAGCUCUCCCUUUGUAACUGUUGCUGCUUCUUCAUGUUCCCUGUGGCUUUCUGGUCUUUGCCACGACCUCUGUGCUGCACUAGAACAAGUGAAAGGUAGUUAUUUUUCCUGCCUUGCUUCUUCCUGCCACGUACCUCUGGAGGACUGAGGAACUGCUCUGAGCCCCUUGAAUCAUUGCCUGGAGGCCGAACCGUUUAUGUGGCUGAUCGCUCAUGGCUUUGAGU